AAUUUUUAUCCCUUCAAUAUUUUAAUCUUUACUCUUAACUCAGCACUGAAAACACUGUUUCCAAAAAAACAAUAGCUUACAAAACUGUAUACUGAAUGUACUACGAUUAUUGGUUAAACUAUAUAUAAACUCCUAACUAUAAGUAACUUAAUGUCAACUGAAUCUCUUCUGUUAGUAUCUAGUGUAAAAUGGACUAUCAAAAUAAAGUUUUACCAGAAUAUUACUUAAAAUAUAUUGUGUAACAAUGCUAAUAAGAUGGAGAUUUGGCGGUUUUAGUGGAAAGUAGCUGUUUGAACAGUAGAGUAAGUUGAACAGCGUAAGAAAGAGGAAUCAAACUGUUGUGACGGCGCUUCAGAAAUGUUUUACACGGCAGCUGUGGCCUGGCCUGGAUUUUCUCAGCUGUAACACGUCACACUCAACGUUAAUCAUCAUCAGAAACUUCAGUGCUCUCACAAACUGAGCAGCUCUCCUGUUUCAUGCAGUCAGUUAUAACUCGCGUCUGAAAUGUUGCGGAACGGCCGUAACCUGGUUUGUCUUCUGUUGUUUUUGGGGUUUAGCAGCAGCGGGGCGCUGAACGACCCUCAUCCAGAGCUGUCCGAUCAGGAGCUCUUCUGGGGAAGCGAUCAGUAUGACUUUUCCAUCGUGCUGCGUGCUGGAGACCUCCAGUGCUACUGGCACUUUGCUCACUUCGGUGAGAGCUUCUACUUGCACUUCAUGGUGCAGCUGGUGACUGGUGUGGCUCUGGACAGACAUCUCUCGGUGACCGUUAACGCUCCGAGCGGCCUGAUAGUUGGACAGGUGGACGAUGCAAGCGGUCAGGUUGCCUUGAGUGUUAAGGAGACUGGAUUUUAUCAGAUGUGCUUCAGCAAUUUCCACAAUCGCUUCGGGAGCAUGCAGGUUUUCCUGAACUUCGGCGUGUAUUACGAGGGACAAAAGGACAUCGAGAAGCAAAAGGAAGAAGAGAAGAAAAAGAAAGAACAGGAUAUGAAACAGAUAAACAGUACACUGUCCUUCAUCGAGGACAGCAGCAGCAGGCUGCAGAGGUUUGUCUUUCACAUGUGGCGUCACUACAACUACGAGCGAAUGAGACGCGGCGCUGAUUUCUACCUGCUUCAGUCCAACUCCACCUACGUGAGCAGCUGGUCCGUUCUCCAGAGUCUGGUCAUCAUCACGGCCGGAUACCUGCAGCUCUGCUGCCUCAAGAGACUGUUCAGCUCCAGACCAGCAGAGGGAGACAAACCCCGCUGUUAACACCCGUGCCUUUCUUACUUCGCCAUACAGCUGUACAGAGUGUGCUUCGAACACGUUUAUGUCCCAAUGAUGAACUUAAACUAAGAUCAUUAAUAAAACAUUCCAGUCUUUUUAUCGGUCAUAUCAAAUCUUGAAGGUCUUCAUCAUUAAGAAUGUGUUGUUGCUUUUCAAAUUAUCCUUUGGGAAGAAUAAAAUAUAGAAUUAAACGCAUUACAAUAAUGCUA